CGCUCAAGCGCAACGGCCGGCCCCAACGGCAACGGCAACAGUGCGCAUACUUAAUACGAUCAAUCGCAGCGUCCUUAAGCUUAAUUCUUACGAGUGUUUUGUGUAUGUUGGCUCAGGGUGAAUGCACCGUCAAGAUGUGCACUAAGCUACUAUUGUUGUUCUCAAUGCUGGCAUUGUGCCACUGGAGCGUAGCCAAAUUACCACCCAGCAUAACGCCCUGCGCACGUGAUGAUCCAGAGCUGGAACGUUGCAUUAUCAAUGCUGUCUAUCAGCUGCGACCGCUGCUGGUGCAUGGCAAUCUGGGCGAUGGAUUUGUUACACCACCAUUGGAGCCACUGGCGCUGGACAACAUUGAGCUGGGACGCAGCAGUCAGUUCCAAGCUAUAUUUACAGAUAUAGAGGCUACGGGCGGCAGCAAUUUCAUAAUAGAUCGCAUUAUCGCCAAACCCACUGAUAUAUCCUAUGAUCUGUGGCUUACGCUGCCACGCAUUGAUUUUAAAGGCAAAUACUUUCUACGUUUGAAUCUGCUGCUGCUCGAUAUCAAAGGCAAAGGCAGCAUGCGUGGCUAUUGCGAUAACGCUAAAGCUUUUGUUAAAAUGCGUGGCACGCGUUAUUUACGCAAUGGCUUGGAGUAUGUCAAGUUCACCAAAAUGUCCAUGCGCAUACAGUUCAAGGACUUUAAGCUGCAGCUAGAUAAUCUUUUCAAUGGAGAUCGUAUACUGGGCGAUGUGGGCAAUACGCUUAUCAAUGACAAUCAAGAGCUGUAUUUAAAUGAAAUUGUGCCCGGCUUGGAGCGCGGCUUGUCCAAAAAGUUUCUAGAUGUUGCCAAUGAGAUUUUGGCUACAGCUACUUUUGAUGAAAUGUUUCCUCCUGGCCGCACUGUAAUCAAUCCCAUACACUAUCCACAGCCAACGCCCAGACCUAGCAUAAUUGGUGGUCCAUCUAUAUUUGAAACGCCUUUCAGCGGACGCAAUCCUUCAGGUGGCAUACUGGAUGGCUUGCCACCUAGAACUGGUCACAGCUACAAUCCGCAACCACAGCUAACAUCUGGCAAUCCAGUUGGUGGCAUCUUUAGCGACACAUUGCCAGGUGGCGGCAAUAUAGAUCCUAGAUCAAAUAUAGGUAGUUAAUAAACAUUGUUGUUUACUUUUAGUUGUAUUGCUUACUAAAUUGUAUGC